UAAAAUUGUCAUCUACACACCCACCCACACACACACCCCCACCGCCUACGAUUUUGUUUCGAACAAAAUGUUGCAGGUAUGACGCCAUCACUCUCACCAUCUCAUCUACUAUCUUCAUCAUCGCCAUAGCUCAAUCAUUCACUCACUUCUGCUAAUCUACUCACCACAACUCUCUCACUUCACUCACACACAAUCCUUACGCUUGUAACCGCUUAAUUUCCCCAUCCGAUUUGCUUCCUAUCGCAUCUGCAUCUUCCGAAACCCUAACUUCGUUCGACUUCAAAAUGCAGUCCAAAGGUUUAGCCCUGAGGAUCUUUCAUGAUCAAGAAACCAAUAGUAUAUUACAAUGAUCAAGAAACCAAUAGUAUAUUACAAUGAAGGGACACUGUGUCAAGUCCUUAAAGAUGUUAUCAACCUGUGGUGUCAACGAUCUGCAUGAUGAUGGUUUCGAGGGUUCAAUAAACGAGCAUCACAUUUUUACGGAGGUCUUCUUCGGACAUGAAAGUAGUAAAACCGACGAAAUUAGUAAAAACUAUAAUGUAACUGGAGCAAUAAAUUUUGAAAAUGAGAAAAAGACCCCUACAGAGAUCUCAUUCUGUUCCGACAGUGGUAGUUCAGUCAUGACAAAUCAGGAAGACUUUCAGAAUAUGAAGGAAGAUUUUGGAGAGUUUGCUUUAUUUACGAGAAAUGACCAUUGUGUUGAAGUUAAGCGAAGAAAAAUGUCACCUGUAGAACAUUUCGAGACUAAAUCUAAUCCCGAAAUGGUAGUUAGUUCUUCAGUUUCAUCAAAAGUAGUCAACUCUAACUCAGACGAUCAGAAAACAUAUGAUGUAAGUAACGCUAUUCCAGCACCAGUUCAAGUUUCCAAGAAAAGAUGGAAAGAUUCUUCCUUUAUCGAACUAGAUAAAGAUGAAUUGUUAAUCCCGCCUAAAGAUUCUGCGACAAAUCCUAAACCAAUUUUGCGUUACUACAGCUAUUGCUUACUUAAAGCAGCAGGGUGGUUAAUCGGGAGGCGUAACAAAAAAGGGCAUGGGGAGUAUAUGUUCAAAACACCCGAAGGAAGGCCGAUUCGGGAAUUUCGUAGAUCUUGGACCAUGUGCGGUCAAAAGUUGGUCAAUGAUGCGAAAUAUAUCGGUGUAUGUAACGGCAUGCGGUGGGCUGGUUUGAGUCAGUUUGUCUCCGAUCUUUCUAACGCGUUGACAGAGGUUGAAAAAUUGAGAAAUUCGGGAACUGGAACUACAACUGCGUUAGCUCAUUGGUGGUACUUGCUUGAUCCUUUUGCGAAAGUCGUGUUCAUUGACCGAAGUCUUCCGGAUUUGAAACAAGGGAAAGAAGUCAAAGCAAAGAGAAGCGCGGUCAACUAUUCUAGAAGUUCUAAGCCCAAGAAGCACCGGAUGGUCCAAAAGGAGAAAAAAGUAAAGCAUCACGUUAACGAUGAUGAUCUUUUGCUCUCGGCUAUAUUAACCAACCGAUCUACCAACAAACGCGUGGGUAUUAAACGAAAGUACAAGAGUAAAAAAGGCAAGUGCAGGUUGGUUCCACGCAGUUCUAGUAAAUGUUCUGGGUUAGGUGCAAGUGUAAGUGUAAGAACAGUGUUAUCUCGGUUGAUAGAUCUUGGUGCUAUUCGUGUCAACGAAGUGAUUCAAUACAGGGACCCACAGGAUAAUUCAGUGGUCAAACACGGUGUAGUGACUCGAAAUGGUAUAUUGUGUCGGUGCUGUAACAAGGUGCUCUCUUUUUCAGAGUUUAAGAAUCAUGCUGGUUUUAGAACAAAGUGUUCAUGUUUGAAUCUUGUUAUGGAAUCUGGAAAAUCGUUCACGUUAUGUCAACUGGAAGCUUGGUCAACUGAAUACGAGGUUAGGACAGGUACCAAACAGGCUGUACAGUGGGAUGAGUCUGACCCGAGUGAUGAUAGUUGCGGCCUUUGUGGUGAUGGUGGUGAGUUGAUAUGCUGUGAUAACUGCCGUUCAACGUUUCAUCAAGAAUGCUUGUCUACACAGGAGCUACCUGAAGGCAAUUGGUAUUGUUCAAAAUGUUGUUGCAAUAGGUGUGGGAAUGUAGCUGGUCAAAUCGAUGCUUCAGUCUCUAAUGCUCUGAAAUGUCUGCAGUGCGAACUGAAGUAUCAUGAGGAAUGCAUCAAAGAGAACAGGAUCGAGAAAAGUUUAGUGGGUCCCACCUGGUUCUGUGGAGAAACGUGUGAAAAGAUCCAUUCAAGUCUUGAUUCCCAAAUUGGAUGUGUGAACCCACUUUCCGAUGGUUACUCAUGGACCCUACUGAAGUGUAUUCAAGGUGACCAAAAGGUUCAUUCUGGUCAACAUUUUGACGCCCGUAAAGCAGAAUGCAAUCUGAAACUAGCCGUUGCUCUGACGAUAAUGGAGGAAUGUUUUAUUCCCAUGGUGGAUACAAGAACAGGCAUCUAUAUGCUACCCCAUGUAUUGUACAACCAGGGAUCAGAAUAUGUCCGUCUUAACUAUGCGGGAUUUUACACAGUGAUCUUGGAGAAAGAUGACGUUUUACUCUGUGUGGCAUCCUUAAGGAUUCAUGGUGCAACGGUUGCAGAGCUGCCCCUCAUUGCAACGUGUAGCAGAUAUAGGCGCCAAGGAAUGUGCAGGCGCCUCAUGACUGCUAUUGAAGAGAUGUUGAAGUCCUUUAAAGUUGAGAAGUUAGUGGUAUCUGCCAUCCCGAGCUUAGUUGAGACAUGGACCGAUGGUUUUGGUUUCACACACUUGGAAGCCGAUGAGAAGAAAAGCCUCGACAAAACCAACCUCAUGGUGCUCCCGGGAACCGUUUGGCUCAAGAAGCCCAUGCACCAGGUGUCAACCCAACGCACACACUUUCUUGGUACAGCUACAGCUACGGAAGGUGUAUCUUCAGACAUAAAUGUCGAUCUUGAAGAAGCGCGUCUGGUGGAUAUAAUGCCCGUUUACGACACGCAAUUCUUGCAAGCGUUGGAAAACCGUUAUGAUAAGUUGGUAGAACAAGUUUCAUUCGCCGGGCAGUUAGAAACCGGCUUGUGGUAUAAAUGAUAAAGUUUGUAUAUGAUAAAGAAAGGGAUAAUGUUUGAAACUACCAGUCAACUGUUGACAUUUAGUCGUUUAGUUCAACUAUUUUUGGGGAUGGUUAUAUAACUUUUUUCUAAUUGUAGAACCUUGUUAAACAAGUUUAUAUAUGAGUUGAUGUUGGAUAAGAAACCAAAUCAACUCUCUUUUAUAGUCA